AUGAGUUCUGUUCAAGGCGUAGGUGGCGUGGUUGGCAUCCGAAAGGUCCCCGGUUCUAGUGCCGGUAGUAGUGCUUCUAAUGUCUUCUUUUCGCUGAUCAUGAGUGAAGACGUCAGCAGUCCCCCCAAGGCCGAACAAGAGUCACCACCUCCUUGCUACGACUGGGCGGACGUGGAGUUCAUAGAUGCCAUAGAGGACGGGUCCAUGGGCGGCAGCUCUCCAAUUGCCGAGGCAUCGGUUAUAUCGAGCCCUUUAGUGGGUGUUGGAGGGGAGGCGGAGGACGUCUCGAUGCCUGCAGAGUCUAAAGAGGAGCCGGUAGUGAAGGACGCACCUUCGUGCCCCGAUGAGAAGAUGGACGAUCUUGAUGCCCUCUUGGCACAUCUACUGCAGUGCGGCUGGGAGUCCCCUUGGACGGUACCAGCUGCUGUCGAUAGAGACCUCUUGGAGCGCCUAGUGGAACGGAAUAUCCAACGUUUGGAUUUACCACCUGGAGUUUACGCCGCUGAAGCUGCUGUUCCGGACCCUUCAGCACUGGAGGAGUCGGGGCGGAAUCGAUCACCAAGUGGGGACGUGGAAAUAGUGGCAGCGAGCUCGAGCGGGCCGAGUGGCAGUGGCCUCUUUAGGGAGGGGCUACUUGUUGGUAGUAGUACUGAAAGGGAAAAGAAGAGGAAAAAGAAGAAACAUAGGUCGGAUAAGAGGGAACAUAGGAAAAGUGGAAAGUUGCGAAAAAUGGCGGAGCGAAGCGAUCGGAAAGACGUUGAUGGGAGCAGGAAUAGGGGUAGUGUUAAACGGAGGAGGAUAGCAUUGCAAGAGGACAUUGAAAGCCCCUUGCAUGCGGGCCGGCGAGGGUCGAAGCCGAUGGAAAUAGAGCUGGACGAUAAUGUGGAGGAGUUCCACGUGCCGAAGUGGACGGGAGAGGCGUUUGAGGGUAGUCAAGAGAAGCAUGGUGGUAGUGUUGAUGAUGGAGGGUCGAAGGGCAGGGGCGCAGAGGGAGAUGGGGAAGUAGUCAAUUUAGUGGCGAGUGACGAUCUUACUAAGGAGUCUGGCGUCUCAAACGGAGGCCCAGCUGAGCAGCCUGGCACGCCGAAAUUGCAGUUUGACACGUCGAAGCCUCUAAAGCCGGAGCUGGUCCUAGCGGCAUCGGUAUUACCUCCUGCGGUACCCAACUCGGUUUACCGUGCAAGAGUUCGUACGAGUGUUGUGAAGGCAGUGAAGGCUCCUCUAGUUGAUAUCAUAGGCAACGAGUGUACAGAUAUGCGGAAGGUGGAGACGGCAUGGGGAGAUGGAAAGGGGGAUAAGGACUGGUCAUGGGAGGGUAAGGACAGCCAGAAUUGGUGGAAGGAUGGUAUGGGGCAAUGGGGGAGGUACUGGGAAUCUGAGGAGGGAAAGGAGGGUGGUGGAAGCCCUGAGCGGAGGCCUCGAAAUGACUGGAGCGACUCGGAAUCCAAAUGUCGGUGGAAAUGGGCUGAUGAUAAAUGGGAGAAAAACAGUCCUGUUGGUGAUGGUAAUGAUGAGCUCAUGGUGUCGGGGGCACCGAGCCCGUCGACGAAACCAUUGGAGACCGCAGAGGGGGGAGAGGGACGGUCCCCAUCGGUAGUAGAGGAGGUUGAGGGAGAUGCGGUAGGUUCUGAGGGGGAGGCCAUGAGUAUUGUGGAUGAUGAUGAUGAGGGCACUAUUCCUCAGGAGGCGGCUGCUCCUAGGCCUGUGAUGGAACCAGGGCAACUUGAACAGGUAACCCAGCUGUGUCACCGUCUGUUGUGGCCGCUGGAGGACAUCCAGUGGCUCUUCGAUGUAACCAGCCCGAGUGACUCGACUCCUAGUGCUGCACAGUCCCUCUUGAGGGAAUUGACCCUGAACACUGUGGUGGUAUGCCCUCUUGGGGGGUCGGCUAAGUAUGCUGAUGGGGAAGGGGACAUCCCAGGGACUAUAGUCCUCAGAGACACGGCCGAGCCGGUUCCUGUUGGAGGGCUCACUCCUAGCAAGACAGUAGAGCAAACUAUCUCUGAUCUCACAGUGGAGUUAGUACAGUAUGCGGCGGCUGAUUUACCCGAGCUCCGUCACAGAGUCAGUGCAUUACAAUAUAUACGAGCAGCCUGCGAUAUAAUAGAGUUCCUGGACGGUGCCGAGUGGGAUGAGGAUCGGAUCUUGCAACUCUUGGGGGAUGCAGAUGAGGCCAGAAGGAUACCCCCGGACGAAGUUUGA